AAGACAGCAGAGAGGAGAAGGCAACAGCUGCAUCGCCUAUAAAUACCAGCGGGACUCAAAAAAACAAAGAAACGCAUUUGUACCCAAAUCACAGUCGCGGCGGGAAACGGCGAUUUUUUGGGGCGGAAGGGGGGGAAAAGAAACCCCCGCCAUCAUUGGAAACCCUAGCGAUCCCCAAACCCUAGUUCUGGGAUUCUUGCUUCCGAUUGCUGAUGGCGCUCGCCCUCGAGGAAUUCGUCCACGAGGAGGAGGACGUGGACCACCCGGUACGCUAUCUCCCUCUCGGCCAUGUCUACUCCUCCUCUGCCUCCUCCGUCAACCCUAGCGGAUCGUCCAGCAUCGUCUCCAAGAAGGUGAAGGCCCGGAAGAUCGUCGAGAAUGGCGACCUGGGGGGCGGAGAAGAGGACGGCGGCGGCCGGAAUGAGCUCUUCGGCCUUGACCCCGCGGGAAUGUGCAAGAGCAGUGCCAGGCAGCCGAUCUUGGUCUACCAGCGGAGGAUCAAGAAGCCCUGCGUUGGUUCCCCUAAACGGCGGGUCGAGUCGUGCUCCGAGCGGUCGGAGGAGGGAAGUGAUCGAGGGAGGUCUAAUGGUGUGGUCGAUUCGCUUGGGGAUGGGCAGAUUGCGAAGAAGAGGCGAAUCAUGAAGUAUGAGUUGCUUCGAUUGGGAUCUGGCUCCGGUUCUUUGAACGGAAACGCUGCACCUCGUUCGAGAGCAGGCGAAGGGUGUAAGAGGGCUAAUUCUGCCGAGCCAAAGAAGAAUGUUCGUGGUGCUCAAAAGGAUUCUUCUGCCGUGGGCAAAGUGAAGAGAUGGGUUGAGUUGGAAUUCAAAGGUGCAGACCCGCAGGUACUAAUUGGCUUGGUGUGCAAGGUUUUCUGGCCUAUGGAUGAUGACUGGUACAAGGGUUCUGUUACCGAGUAUAAUCCACUCACCACCCAACAUAGAGUCGAAUAUGAGGACGGUGAGAUUGAGCAUUUAAUUCUCUCGAGCGAAAGGAUAAAAUUUCACUUAUCUUGUGAAGAUCUGGAACAUUUACAUUUGAAAUGUGGUGUUCCAAACCUAGAGAAGAAAGGGCCCAAUUACAAUGAAUUGCUAGCUUUGGCUCUUAGUUUUCAUGAUUGCCAAGAUCUUGAACCUGGUGAACUUGUAUGGGCAAAACUUACAGGGCAUGCUAUGUGGCCAGCAGUUGUUGUAAGUGAAUCAAAUUUUGGUCCACGUGGAGAUCUGAAGCCCACUCGAAUAAAUCAAUCAAUUCUCGUACAGUUUUUUGGGACACAUGAUUUUGCAAGGAUUAAGUUGAAACAGGCUAUCCCAUUUCUCAACGGCCUGCUUUCCUCACUGCAUCUUAAGUGCAAGCAGGCACGUUUCUAUCGAAGCUUAGAUGAAGCAAAAAUGUACUUGAUUGAGCAGCAGCUUCCAAAGAGCAUGCUGCAUCUACAAAAAAGAAUUGAGGCAGAUGAUAUUAAAUCUGCUUCUGGAGAGGAUGAAGGAACAAAAUCUGAUGAUGAUCUCUCAACAGGCUACAUAAUAAAUGCUGUUGAACUGGCUAGCACCUCACCAAUUGAAAUAGGAAAUCUUCGUGUAACUAGCUUAGGAAAAAUAGUAUGUGAUUCAGACUAUUUCCAUAACAAGAAACACAUCUGGCCUGAAGGAUAUACUGCUUUUAGAAAGUUCACAUCAUUGGAAGAUCCAUGUUCAGUGAUGUCGUAUAGGAUGGAAGUUCUGAGAAAUCCCAAAGUAAAAGUUCGGCCUUUGUUUAGAGUAACAACAGAUGAUGGGGAGCAGAUCGAUGGAUCAACUCCAAAUGCUUGUUGGAAGGAAAUCUACAGCAGAAUAAGGAAUAAGCAAUGGGAUGAUACUCAGACCGAAGUGGAAGGAAGUGGUCUUCAGAAAUCUGGCUCAUACAUGUUUGGAUUUUCCAAUCCUCACAUAGCCCAGCUAAUUCAGGAACUUCCAAAUUCUAGAGUGUGCUCAAAGUACUUUGACAGCUAUGGGGAUAUGCCCAUGGGUUACAGAGCUGUUCGAGUUGACUGGAAGGAUCUUGAUAGAUGUGGUGUUUGUGACAUGGAUGAGGAGUACGAGGACAAUCUAUUCUUGCAGUGUGACAAAUGCCGCAUCAUGGUGCAUGCUAAAUGCUAUGGUGAACUGGAACCUUUGGAUGGAGUGCUUUGGCUCUGCAAUCUAUGCCGGCCCGGGGCACCAAAGUUCCCUCCAAGAUGCUGUCUCUGUCCUGUUAUUGGUGGUGCUAUCAAACCUACAACAGAUGGGCGCUGGGCUCAUUUGACUUGUGCCAUGUGGAUACCUGAGACAUGUCUUGUUGAUGUGAAGCGAAUGGAGCCUAUUGAUGGAAUAAGCAGAAUUAAUAAGGAUCGGUGGAAACUUUUGUGCAGCAUUUGUGGCGUAUCUUAUGGGGCCUGCAUCCAGUGCUCUCAUAAUACCUGCCGAGUGGCAUAUCAUCCUCUCUGUGCACGCGCUGCAGGUCUUUGUGUUGAGCUUGAAGAUGAGGACAAAAUUCACCUCAUGUCACUCGAUGAGGAUGAUGAUCAGUGUAUUCGCUUACUCUCCUUCUGCAAGAAGCAUAGGCAGCCAUCAAAUGAACGACCACCUGCAGAUGACAGCUUAAGAUUGCCCACUCAGCUUGGUUCAAGUUAUGUUCCUGCAUCUAAUCCAUCUGGUUGUGCUAGGAGUGAGCCGUAUAAUUUCUCUGGGAGAAGAGGUCAGAAACAGCCUCAGAUUCUUGGUGCUGCAUCUCAAAAACGCCUAUUUGUAGAGAACAAGCCAUAUCUGGUCACUGGUUUUCGUCAAAAUGGAAGUGCCUGUGGUUUAUCUGGAAAUAUAUCUGCACAAGCUCAAUGCACAUUAGAUGAUCUUAAGCUGGGUGCUUCUCAGUUUGAGAAGCAUGUAAGUGUCUGUUCUAUGGCUGAGAAGUACAGAAACAUGAAAGCAACAUUCAGAAGGAGGCUUGCUUUUGGAAAGUCAAAAAUUCAUGGGUUUGGUGUUUUUGCCAAGCUUGCGCACAAGGCUGGAGACAUGGUAAUCGAGUACAUAGGUGAACUUGUUAGGCCCACAAUAGCAGAUAUAAGGGAGCGGCGAAUCUAUAAUUCGCUAGUGGGUGCUGGGACUUAUAUGUUUAGGAUAGAUGAUGAGCGUGUAAUCGAUGCUACAAGGGCAGGAAGCAUAGCUCAUUUGAUCAACCACUCCUGUGAACCCAAUUGUUAUUCGAGGGUCAUAAGUGUUAAUGGUGAUGAACAUAUUAUAAUAUUUGCAAAACGCGACAUUGAACAAUGGGAGGAAUUGACAUAUGACUACAGAUUUUUCUCAAUUGACGAACGACUUGCUUGUUAUUGUGGCUUCUCGAGAUGUCGUGGAAUUGUUAAUGACACUGAAGCAGAAGAACAGGUGGCCAAAAUUCGGGUACCUCUUAGUGAAUUAGUUCAGUGGAAAGGUGAAUGAGGGUUAGCUUGGUCAAGCCAUGAGGGGGUAAGACUAGGGGUCUUAGAAGUGCGGAUGUGCCAAAAAGUCUUUUUAUUUAAAAAAAAUGUAAGCUUUCUUGCAAUAAAUAUGGUUGGAUUUGAAGUAUGGACAUCGAAUCAAUCUUCUAUGGAGUCUUCAGUUUUGAUAUGAGGACACCCAUGUUUUUAUUAGCUUGUCUCAUUCUUCCACGGAAGACAAGAUUUUACGCCAUGUAAAGGAUUGCUAUUGCAUCUGCAAGUUAUUUCACUGAAUCGAGUGAUCAGACUGCAAGAGUACGUUGAUCUCUAGGAUUUCGUUCAUAAGAUUGCCUUCUAAACUUGUUUACUUCUUUCUUGAAUUGCAUGUGAUUAUUCCAUGCAUAUUGAUCAAUUUUUUUCUCUUUAUGUAGAUGAGGAAAAGAGGCUUAUUUAUGUAUAUAGUUCUUAUGACCAUAUCAAUGAUAUAUGUGUAUUUAUUAUUGUGUUCA